GUUAAGGUAAAAUCAAAACAUGCUUUGUCUUAUUUGUGCCGCAAGAUUUAAUGUAAAUAAAUACUAAAUAUUGAUCUAAAUACUACUGUAGCGAUAAUACUAUAAUUAAUUCAUGUUCUAUUAUGUUACUACCUACUAGUGUUAGCGCUAUACAGUCGUGCGUGAGGUAUUUAAAUCAGAAACAAUGCAAGUCGAACUCAUAAAGAGAAUCUUAUUAUUUACGAAUAAUUAAUUAUUACCUAUAAAAUUAACUAAAAUGAUACCCUCAAACACUAUCUGCGUAUCCCAGGAAGGCCCUGCGAAUGCAUUGGCUUUGAAUAAGGACUGUACACAAGUAGUAAUUGCCGGGAGAAAUGUGUUCAAGGUGUUCUCGAUCGGCGAAAAUGAUUUUUCGGAAGUGUGCAACUUGCGUGUGGGAAAAAAUUUAAAUUUAAACUUUUCAUCUAUUGAUGUUGCUUGGAGUACUAUUGAAGAAAACACUCUAGCAACUGCAGCUACCAACGGGGCAGUGGUUGUGUGGAACCUCGGCCGCUCAGGGCGCUCCAAGCAAGAACAUGUGUUCUCUGACCACAAGAGAACUGUUAAUAAGGUCAGUUUCCACCUGACAGAGCCAGCACUGCUUAUAUCAGGAUCUCAAGAUGGGAUGAUGAAAUGCUUCGAUCUUCGUAUGAAGGAAGUUGCAAGAACUUUUAUUAGCAACACGGAAUCAAUUCGCGACGUCCAAUUCAGUCCGCACCAAGCGCACGUUUUCGCGGCCGUGUCAGAAAACGGCACUGUCCAGCUGUGGGAUGCGAGACGCCAUGAAAGGGCUCUACAUCAGUUCACAGCACACUCCGGCCCUGUGUUCGCCUGCGACUGGCAUCCCGACGUGCCUUGGCUGGCCACGGCAUCGCGGGACAAGACUAUAAAGGUUUGGGACAUCCAUGCGAGGCCUAACUUAGAGCACACUAUCUAUACGAUAGCAUCCGUUGGACAUGUGAAAUGGCGACCUCAGAAGAAGUUCCAAGUGGCGUCGUGCGCGCUGGUGCUGGACUGCGCGGUGCACGUGUGGGACGUGCGUCGGCCGCACGUGCCGCUCGCCACGUUCGCGGAGCACCGCGACGUCACCACCGCCAUCGCGUGGCAGGCCUCGCCGCACGCCUUCCUCUCCACCAGCCGGGAUUGCAGUUUAUACCGGCACAAAUUCAACGAGGCAGCACACCCAGUGUUGUGGGCCAACCCGCAGAGCGUGUGCGUGUCUGCCCGCGGCGAGUUAGCUCACGCGGUGCCCGAGUGUCCCCUGCCCGCUCACACUCCCCAACCUGCUGAGCGACAUGUUCCCGGCUUGGGUCGCAAGCAACCCACAGCAGGCUCCCUAAGCGCAGCAGCGCAAGCAGCUCUAGAACGAGCCUUCCCCGGCGGUGCCUCAUCUUCACUAGCCCGACACACCCCGGUCUCCCCUGACAGUGCAGUACUGGCCUGCGCUAAGGAGUACCGCAUCAGGGGACAUCCCCCUCACGUGUUAGCGGAACAUAACGCUAAAGUGGCGAGGGAACAUCAGCGGUAUAUGGUGAGCCACGUGUGGGAGGUGGUCCGCAGCGUGUACAGCGCGCGCGCCGUGCCCAACGCGCCCGCACCUCCCCCGCCGCGCGCACCCCCGCCCCGCGCCGACCCCGCGCCGCCACUACCGCCGUACAGUGUGGUGGAGGAAGAGCCGAUGGAGGAAGUGGAAGAGUGGGAGAACCGCUCGCACAAAAACAGUGGAGUGUUAGGACUGCCCACGCACAGCAUCUACAUCCCGCCCGCCAAGUUCGCGAAACGGGAUGACGAGGGCGGCGGCUGGGUGUCGGCCGCAUCGGCGCACUACGUGGACGUGGACGCGGCCGACUGGACGCUGCCCGACGAGGCGUUCCCGCUGCGCGCGCCGCCCGCGCCCCUCGCGCCGCUCGCCGCGCACGCGCCACAUCCGCACACCCACGACCAGGACAUAGAGGGGAAUGAUGUAUCCACGGUGCGUAAUUCGACGACGCAAGCAGGGGCCUCGUCGCCCGAUGGUUCGUCGGGCUCCGGCUCGGGCUCGGGCUACGCACCGCCACCCAUAUCGCCUACUCUAAGGAGAUCCAGCAGCCAAAACUGUAGUUCGGGGGAUGGAGAAGGCGUGGAAUCAGCGGAGGUGGGGGAGAGAGAUUCGCUGUGCGUGCGGGAGGGCGCGACGAGGGGCUCGCGGAACGCCCUGGACGCGGCGCCGCUGCUGGUCGCGGCGCUGAAGAGCCACGCGGAUCUGGGAGACGUGCAGACCGCGGCUGUUGUAUGUCUGGCAUUACAGGACCACAGGAACGACCUAUUCCCCUACAUCGAUGAGAGCCUGCAGGAGCAGUGGCUGCUGGGAUACAUUGAGUUAUUGCAGAGACACAAACUGUGGAACGUCGCUACCGAGGUGAUCCGCUGCGCAUGGUUGAACAGCGUGUGGAGCUUAUCCCAGCAGUCCACCACAGUGACCGCGUGCUGCGGACGCUGCGGGCGCCGCACGCGCCCGCGCGCCGCGUGCGACGCGUGCAGCCCGCGUGCGCCCCCCGACCUCUGCGCCGUGUGCCAUCAGGCGGUGCGCGGACUGUACGCGUGGUGCCAGGGCUGCGCGCACGGCGGACACCUGCAGCACAUGCGCGCGUGGGCGGAGAAGCACCAUCUCUGCCCUGCGGGCUGCGGGCACGCCUGCCAACUCGGCUGAGACCCACCACCCACUUUCAAUGAAUGAAUCAAUGAAUAUACUUUUAUUGUACACUACAAAAUCAAUACUACUACAACAAUACAAAGUUGACUUGCAUUGCAUCUUUGACACAAACAUGGGAUUUUUUAUCCUAGUGCAGCAAAGGGUUCCUUGGUAUUAAAAAAAAAAAUGUAAUCCACACAAUCAAGUCAUUUAAUAUGACUUGAAAUCCACACCACCAAGUCAUUUAAAUACCGUGAUAUUAUUUUAUGAAUUUAAUUACUGUAAAAUAUGUAAAAAAAACUUGUAUAUUUUACUAAUUUAUGACUGAAUUAUAAUAAUUUGUUGCAUACCUUUAUUGUAUUUUUAUAAAUAAAAACAUAUUAUAUAUUACAGGCGUUUUUAUUUACUCUUAAACUAUUAUUCAUUACAUUAUUCAAUCCUUCAAUAGGUAUAAUUAUAAUACUGAUACAAUUUGUUUUAUAAAUAAGUUACCUAAUAAAGGUACAAAAACUAAGGAUUAAUAGAUACAUAAUAUACAUUUUACAUACUAUUUGCAGCUUAUAUCACCCUCAGUCAGUCAUA